UGGUGCCAGGGGGGCUUCAGCAGGAGAUUAAAAGCAAAGCCUGUGCACCCUUCACACCAGCAGCUCACCCGCUGACCCGCCGGAUGAUCCGGAAGAAUCUGGAUGUUUCUGUAGAGAUCCAUCGAGGCUUUUAAAGGCUGAGGAGCCGGAAAGAGCGUCAGCAAAGUUUUGUUCAAACUUUGACAUCGAAAAACUUUUCUUGAGUUGUUCUUUUUGACUCAUGUUCUUGUUUAACAAGCUUUUUCAGCAGGAGUAAACCUUUUGCAAACUUCAAUUUUAAAAUUUUGAUAGCACUUCAAGCCAGUCGUAUUGCGCUAACAUCUUGUAGGAAAUUGUUUUCUUUUUUAUAUAUCUGUAGCCUAUAUAUAAUCACUGGAAGAAACAGCAACAGCAAUUACAAGACUUUAUCUAAUAAAAAAUAUAUAUAUUUGGAAAUCAUUGUGUCAGAAUGAGUAGAGGAGACACCGCCACCGUUUCACCACAGGAACCACAGCCGUUUAAACGGGCUGUACGCAAAAUCAGAUGCGCUGUAAUGGUGGCGAACUUGGCCAAGAGUUGGCAAGGAUGGGCCAGCGAACAUGCAGGCAAACAAGAUUCUAUCCCAACCGGCUGGAUGCCUUCAUCUGUAGAGGAGGAAAGCAAAAAAGACCAAAGCCACGUGGUAAAACUCAGCGUUACUCCAAGAGUAAUCAAAGCAGAUCCCGGCGAUAGCAAAGAAAACAAAAUCCGGACCUGCUCUGUGACCAAAACUGUCCAGCUAAAACGCAGCGAAUGCAGCAGCAACAACGUAAUGAACGAAAUCCGUGACAAAAUGGAGUCCGUUCCCGAAGAGAGCAGGCCAUUUCUGGGCAAUGAGUCGCCAACACGGCGCCGUCAGAUGAGGGCGCUGCAGAGCGCGGAAGCAGCAGGACAAGGUGGGAUCAUCCAGGAUAAGAAGAUGAUGCUCCAGGAGAAGAAACUGAGCUCCAGAAGCAGCAGCGUGGACACAGAGGACAGCGGACUCGGAGAGGACGGAGGACUCAGCGACAACAGCGACUCCAAGGCCGAACAAAGUCAUGGCCUAGUUAAAACACGAGCCAACAGACCAAAGAUUAAGAUUGCCUCCAUGGGUGACAUCAAAAGCCGCUGGCAGCAGUGGUCCGAGGAGCACAUGGAGGGCCAGAAGCUCAACCCGUUCAGCGAGGAGUUUGACUACCACUUUGCGAUGUCGCAGCGUCUCCGCAAAGGGGAUUCUGGCUACGGUCGGCCCAAAGACGGCUCCAAAACCGCAGAGAGAGGAGACCGGGCCCACAAACACAUCCACAGAGAGAUGGAGGAAAUGGUCUGGAUCAUCAAGGACAUGGGCUUCAAAGACAAGGAGGGUCGGACUAUCAUCACCUUUGGAAGACUCUUCGACCGCUACGUGAAGAUUUCAGACAAAGUGGUGGGGAUUCUUCUGCGCUGCCGCAAGCACAAGAUGCUGGACUUUGAGGGGGAAAUGCUGUGGAAAGGACAGGAUGACGAUGUUAUUAUCACACUGAGGGACUGAGGACAGGAAAGCUCAUUAUUCGGCUCUUUUAUGAAACAUAAAUAAUGCAUUAAUAGAGUUCAAACAUAGCAAACAAAUGUAGAAGACUGAACAAAAUACAGACGAGUUUCUUUAGCUUGAAACACACACACACACACACUUCCCUGUGCCUCAUUAGCUUCCAUAUAAAUGCUGAGAUGAAGGGUAGCUAUCUUUAGCAUGCUAACUAUGUGUGCUUUGCUAACCAAGCUACAUGCUAGAGGACUUGGACGUCCAACAAUGUGCCAGUUAUGCUGUGACUUCAUGGCAAAUGAUCUGUAAAGAAAACAUAUCAAGUCAGUGUUUUUACUUAAUUUAUUUAUUUCAAACAGGUUUUAAAAACAAGAGAACAAGCAAUCAGUGGGACAGAGAGAAACAUGCAUCCAUGACCAAGAACAAAUUAAUUAGUUUACCACCACUUUCCUGUUAGGAAAGGAGUAAGUAGUGAACAUCUUUUUCUGAUGUUUAAACACUUUUUGUCUGAACCAAAACAAGAAACUGAAUGUGUUAUCAAACAAAAAACACAGUAUAAGAACUUAUAGCAGAAAUAAAUCCAGAUAAAUCCAACAGUCUUUUGAAUUUGGGAAUCUUGGCAGCAGAUCUUAAGCAGAAUGUGCAGAAAAGUUAUGAAAAACACAUUAAAAUGAGAACUAAGUGAAUGUUUAGUGUAUUUUAAUAGGAUUAGAUGAACAUUUCAUAUUUUGUGAAUAUAUUUAAGAAAAACUGAUUAAUGUAGGUUGUGGAGUCUAACUUAAACUAUUGUGUUAAAAUUGUUUUAGAAAUAAAUAUUUUAUGUUUUGUGUGUUUACAGCACUGAAUCAAUCUCUGGAUCUCUGGAUCUGCAUGCUGGAUCUAAACGGCAACCAGAUAUUCACCAAACAGAAAAAGGAAUCUUAAAUAUUUUUGACACGUGAUUUAAAAUAGUUGUAAAUCUAAAUUUAUUUGCUAAAUGUUUAGAUUUAGUACAUCCACUCUGAGAACAGCAGUAAAACUUUAACAGCAGUAAAACGUGUUUAAAUUGAAAUGUUUUAAAUGUGUGAACAAUUUUCUUCUUUCAAAUUGAACGUGUGGAAAUCUUUUUACAGAAGGAACUUUAAAAAGAUGUAUAUUUAUUGUGAAAGGUCACAUGUUGUGUUUGAUUCGAUCAACGUGUUUCAUGGUAGUAAAUAAAUUCUGAUUGAUCAAGAAAUGGUAACUUUCACUUUUUGGUUCAGUU